AGUUACUGAUUAUGAAGAAUUCAACCAUAUGUACGCAGACAAUCUGGCGAUUGUUUUUGGACCUACUCUAUUGAAAUCACGUGAUUUCGCAGCUUCGAUGGGUAAUUUGGGUUAUCAUACAAGCAUUAUAAAAUGCUUAAUACUCCAAUAUCAUUGGUUCUUUGAUAUUGAAGAAGAAACUUCUGAUAUUGAAUACCAGGAAGAACUUUUAGACCCUGAUAUUGAAGUUAGCGAACCAGAGGGUGAGGGAAUUCAAACAACCCACCUUUUACCAGAUGAUGCUUCCUCGUUCGACAAUCAAUCUGCAAAUUCGGAAACUCAUCAUGAAGAAAUUGGUAAUAAUUUUGGGGAGGAAGGAAAUCUGUUAUGGGAGGAAUCCGAUGGUCAAAUAGUUCAGCAACACUUGGAUGUGGGUUAUAAGGAAGACAUUUCUUUUGUAGAGCAUCAAGAACAAACCUUAUUAACGCAACCUCAUGAAGAACACUUAUUAAUUAGCAGUGACAUUUUAAAAGAGGAAAUUAUGGUUAAAGAGGUUCAGCAACAAUUGAAUGUGGGUUAUAAGGAAGAUAUUUCUUUUGUAGAACAUCAAGAACAAACCUCAUUAACGCAAUCCCAUGAAGAAGAUAUUUCUUUUGUAGAGCAUCAAGAACAAACCUCAUUAACGCAACCCCAUGAAGGACACUCAUUAAUAAACAACGACAUUGUAAAAGAGGAAAAUAUGGUUGAAUUCUUCAUAAUCA